CUCCGACUGUGUGAUACUGCAGUGUGUGAGAGAUCUGCUUUGCUCGGGAACUAAGUCUGGUAUUCUAAAAAUAAAUAAAAAAUUAACAAACAAGAUUGGAGCGUAAUAAUGUGGUUACGAGAAUGUGGUCCUGGGGGUGUAAGCGAAUAAAUUACAAAGGAUUACCUGCAAAUUCGUCCAGUAUUACCUUUUUGUGACCGGGCGGGCGGAAUCGGAGAAGACAGCCCGGGGCCGGGAUGCGCGGGCUGCAAACUUAAUGAAGCUUUACGCCCUUUCAUAUCAGGAGGCGAGCACCUCCAGAAAAUGGUGAAGUCUCGCUUAAGGAGACCGUCCCCGCCGCGUUCCUGACAACGUUUGCAGGGAUUGCAUAUGUGUCUCUUUCGUUUGGCGAGCCUUUAUCUAAUUGUGGGUGGACAGCACAGAGCCGUCGUUACUCUGAAUUUGUCCUCAUAUCGCAAUGCACUUAUCUUUCCUAGCUCAGCGCAUUUUGGGGGGGGAUCCUUUAAAAAUGAGAUGGACUGCAAGACGAGGAUAGGCUACUAAUGCACGGGAAUUAUUUUCAAAACAAGAAAGGAAUAUUACCCAAAAUUCAAAACGAUAUAAAGUUUGCGUGUGGGGAGAAGAGGAAAAAAAACGUAGAUUCUUUUUUCAGCCGUAAUUACACGAAUUCAUACAUGGUUCUUUUUACGGGAAAUACAGGAUGCAUCUGUACGAAUGAUAACUUUUUAUACUUUUCCCCCAGCUGGUAAGAGAAACUACCAUAUUUGUCUAUUUUUCUUUUAUACCAUUAUUUCCUUCCUAUGAAGACAGUCGUGAUAGGCUUUCAAGGAGUGGAGUUUGAUGAUACAGAGCUCCGAGGCAUCACAUAUAUCUUUGCACUUUUUGCGUUAUCUCUAGGAUAAACUCAUCGCCGAUAAGCACAUCUGAUAGAAAUUUUGCUGCAUUUCCAUGCGUCUCGAACUGAAAGAUUUCCUAGGAAUGGGUCCCUAAAGCAACAAGCGACGCUGGAGAAUGUGACGCCGGGAUGAGGUGCGCGCAGUUUGGCUGAAGAUCUCUCCACUUAUUUUUUUGUAUAUCCUUUCCAGCUAUUUGAUAACAGCAAUAAGUGGCUAUUCCAAUGACCUCGGAUCGAAAACAUUUGCAUUGCUUAUAACGAUACCUAAGCAUCUUUGGUUCCCGAGGUUUUAGUAAGUGGCUGCGAAGAAAGGACUGUGGUGAUGGCCAUGACCAGUUUAGGAAUUAACCGGAGAGCGUUUUGGGUGACGGCAACGCUUUUAGGAUUGACACUUUCGCAGGAAAUUUAUGCUCCCCAUUCAAUCAGAGUAGAAGGGGAUUUGACCUUGGGGGGACUUUUUCCCGUGCACACCCGGGGUUUAAACGGGCUGCCUUGCGGCGAUUUAAAGAAGGAGAACGGCAUCCUGAGACUGGAGGCUAUGAUGUACGCGUUGGACCAGAUUAACAGCGAUGACGAGAUUUUGCCCAAUAUCACCUUAGGUGCGCGAGUGUUAGACACGUGUUCGAGGGACACCUAUGCCCUGGAGCAGUCCCUUACUUUCGUGCAGGCGCUUAUACAAAAGGACACCUCGGAUGUGAGGUGCACCAACGGUGAGCCUCCGGUGUUUGUCAAGCCCGAGAAAGUGGUGGGAGUGAUCGGCGCCGCGUCCAGCUCCGUGUCCAUCAUGGUAGCAAACAUUUUGCGUCUCUUUCAGAUUCCACAAAUCAGCUACGCUUCCACCGCCCCGGAACUGAGCGACGACCGGCGCUACGACUUCUUCUCCCGUGUGGUGCCCCCCGACUCGUAUCAGGCCCAGGCCAUGGUGGACAUCGUCAAGGCCAUGGGAUGGAACUACGUGUCCGCGGUGGCUUCCGAAGGCAACUACGGCGAGAAAGGGGUCGAGGCUUUCAUGCAGCUCUCCCGCGAAGCAGGCGGCAUCUGCAUUGCUCAGUCCCUCAAAAUCCCGAGCGGCUACAAGCAGGCCGACUUCGACAAGAUGAUACGGCAGCUGCUGGAGACACGGCAGUCCCGGGUCGUCGUCGUCUUCGCCAGUGACCUGGACAUCCAAGAGAUUCUCAAUGCAACCAAGAGAGCAAAUCUGGUUGGACACUUCCUCUGGAUUGGGUCUGACAGUUGGGGUGCGAAACAGAGUCCCAUUUCCCAACUGGAGGAUGUUGCUGUGGGGGCCAUCACCAUUCAGCCCAAAAGAUCCACCAUUGAAGGAUUUGACACCUACUUCACCUCCCGCACCCUGGAAAACAACCGCAGGAAUGUGUGGUUUGCUGAGUUCUGGGAGGAGAACUUCAACUGUAAGCUGAUGAGCUCUUCCAAGAAAGAGGACACCAGUCGCAAAUGCACAGGCCAGGAGCGGAUCGGCACCGACUCAUUUUACCAGCAGGACGGGAAGGUGCAGUCCGUGAUCGACGCGGUGUACGCCAUGGCUCACGCCCUGCACAACAUGCAGAAGGACCUCUGCCCUGACCUUUCUGGCGUGUGUCCUGAGAUGGAGCAUGCUGGGGGCAAGAAGCUGCUCAAGUACAUCCGCAAUGUCCGCUUCAAUGGCAGCACAGGCUCUCCUGUGACGUUCAACAAGAACGGCGACGCCCCGGGACGCUACGACCUGUUCCAGUACCAGGCGGGCAGCAACAUCUCCGGAAGUUACAGGCUCGUCGGCCAGUGGAUGGACUCGCUGCAGCUCAGCAUGGAUGACCUUCAGUGGCCCAGCGGAGAGUCUGAGGUCCCGCUCAGCGUGUGCAGCCUGCCCUGCAGGAUGGGCGACCGGAAGAAGGUAGUGAAAGGCGUUCCCUGCUGCUGGCACUGCGAGCCCUGUGACGGGUACCAGUACCAGCAUGACGAGAUCUCCUGCAAGCUCUGUUCCUACAACAUGCGGCCCAACCCCAACAGAACCGGCUGUGAGCCCAUUCCAAUCAUCAAACUGGAAUGGCAUUCUCCUUGGGCGGUCAUUCCCGUCUUCCUGGCCAUACUGGGUAUCACAGCUACUAUAUUUGUCAUGGCCACCUUUAUCCGGUAUAAUGACACCCCCAUAGUGCGAGCCUCGGGUCGGGAGCUGAGCUACGUGCUGUUGACGGGGAUCUUCCUCUGUUACAUCAUCACCUUCCUCAUGAUCGCCAUGCCCGACGUGGCCGUCUGUUCCUUCCGUCGCAUUUUCCUUGGCCUAGGAAUGUGCAUAAGCUACGCGGCGCUGCUCACCAAGACCAACCGCAUCUACCGCAUCUUCGAACAGGGCAAGAAGUCCGUGGCUGCCCCCCGGCUGAUCAGUCCCACCUCCCAGCUGGCUAUCACAUCUAGUCUCAUAUCUGUCCAGCUCAUGGGGGUCCUAAUAUGGUUCGGGGUUGACCCCCCCAACACUAUCAUUGACUACGAUGAACAGAAGACCAUGAAUCCCAGUCAAGCCAGAGGGGUGCUAAAGUGUGAUAUCACAGACCUGCAAAUAAUCUGCUCUCUUGGAUACAGUAUUUUGCUGAUGGUGACGUGUACGGUGUAUGCUAUCAAAACACGGGGGGUUCCAGAGGACUUCAACGAAGCCAAACCCAUUGGCUUCACCAUGUACACCACCUGCAUCGUCUGGCUCGCCUUCAUCCCCAUAUUUUUUGGCACGGCCCAGUCGGCGGAGAAGCUGUACAUCCAGACCGCCACGCUCACCAUCUCCAUGAACCUCAGCGCGUCCGUGGCCCUGGGACUGCUCUACAUGCCCAAGGUCUACAUCAUAAUCUUCCAUCCAGAGCUCAACGUCCAAAAGAGGAAACGCAGCUUCAAGGCGGUCGUCACGGCAGCGACUAUGACAUCACGGCUCGCCCACAAGCCCAGCGAGCGACCCAACGGGGAAGCCAAAACGGAAUUGUGUGAGAAUGUAGAUGUUACCAGUCCGGCUGCAAAGAAAAAGUAUGUGAGCUACAACAACGUUGUGAGCUAAAGUGACUCUGUCGAAGGAUUAAAGUGUUGAGGCUUUACCUCCUGCUCCCGAAUAAGAAGCAGUGGAGGACCCCGGCAGGGUGUGGCCUACUCAGCUCCGAAGAUUGGUUUGUGUUAAUUUCUUUCUCUUUUAAUUUGCUGUUGUGUUUCCACAUGCAGGAGGAAAUGGCGGGUCAUAGUGUUAGCAAAGUAAAAAAAAAAAUGUAUAAUAAGGAGAAGCGCAGAGAAAAAAGGGUAAAUGUCUGUCGAGAUAUAAAGUGGAAAGUGGGGUGUAUGGUGCAGGACAAGGUGCAGAUGCUGACCAGUUUUACAUCCAUGCUGCCAUCAGAGCCGUGUCCAGUGGUCGAAGUCGUGGUUGUGACACUCGCGCUGAACAGCGCCUUCUCCCACAGAGGUUGUGCUGGUGUCACAGGGACAACUUAACUGUACUUACAAACCAUAAGAUUUCCAACCUUGCUGUGAAAUGUACAAGGUUUUUAUUUAUUUAUUUUUUAUUUUACAUUAUUUUGACCAUUUUAUUUUCAUAUGAACACAUUAUUAAAGCCGUGCUCGCCUGCUGGAAAUAGUAAUUCUAUUCUUUUUAAAAAUGAAUAUUUAUGUUAGGAAAUUGAGAACUAUGUAUGCCACAUAGUGGUGUCAGGGUAAUAAAGGGUACAUUAAUCUUAAAAUGUGUUCCCACGGACCUCAGAAAACUUUGUUUCAUUCAGCGCUCUCCAGUCAGCUUCACGUAGUACAGUUCUGCAAACGAAACACUCCGCGGUGUUCAGCUAGCAUGUGUCCACGCAUGCCUGUUUAAGUUCAAUGUGAAAAUAAAUUUCAACGGCUUUGCCAUCAGCCAGAUAACGGUAAACCUAUUGUUUUCACUUUAUUUGUUGUUUCAGUUGUUACUUUAAUUUCCUCGGAGUUUCUUACUGACUCAUUACAAUGAGAAAACGUAAAAUUAAGUUUAUUUCUAUAUUAAAAAUGAAAGCAUGUAUGUUUUCUACUGUUGUUCUAAGUAUGUUUAUGUUUAUGUGCCUGGUCUGUGAAAGAGGUUUCAGUUUGACUGAUCAUGCAAGUGUAUUGUGGUUUUGUCCAACCAUGUGUAAACAUGAAAUAAAGCCAUUUUGUUAUAUUUUCUAUUCCCAGCAAAAGAAAAAAAAAAAAAAAACUAAGAUGUAAAACUGUCAGUUUGUUGGUAGAUUUGUUUUACAGACUGUUCUGAAGUGAGAGGUAUGGGGGGCAAAGUACUGGAACGAACAGGUUGUUUAUGUGUUGUUUGAUAUCUCUGACUGUGAAACUCACCAACCAAUGACAGGUAAUAAUAAUUAGUAUGACAAUUCGUUAUGGUAUUGAUUCUGUUUUGGAUCUUUGGCUAUGGUUUCGUUUGUUUUUGAGUCACACAAUUACAGAUCACAAAAAAAAGAUUACAUUGUAAAAAUAAACCAUAGAUCUCAGUUCCAAAUAGAAAUGAAAUAUCCAUUCUUCCAUCCAUACAUGCUUUUCAGCCAUCCAUUUCCCAGCAUCCAUUUAUCUAAUUUAGGCCACGAUGAUGUGGGGGGGAAACCUCCCUUAUAGAUUGUAAGGCAGGGUAAACUGGGCAUGAUGCCAGUCCUUCAAGCAAAGUCCUUCAGUCAAAUUUCUUUAAAUCAAAAAUAAGGAGAUGAUCUCCUUCAUUAAACAAAUUAUUAAAAUAUAUGACGCAGAAGCCCUUCUGUAACCACGGGCAAACACUGAUAAGCAUUUGCUUAAGAAUAACAGAAUCACAAGACAGCAAAACUAUACGCUCUGCAAUGUGCAAAAACAUAAGCGAGUUUCAAAUUCGUUUAAUCUGCUUUUCAAUUAUUACAUCAUUAUUGCAGUUCCCUGGCGGUAUUUGAUGGUAAUUAAACAAAACUGAAAAAGGACUAUGACCCUGAAUGUCUAUUACUCCUCUUAUAGAGGUUCGGUGUAUUUUUCGAUCUCCCUUAUGCAGCCAUGAGACCCACCUAGCCGGCAUAAAACAGCCCUAAAACCCACUCUGGCCUCACGUCAGGUAUUUACAGGAUCUCACCUCCACCCCAUCUCCAUCUCUGUUUCCCUGUUUGAUGUCCUCAUGGAGGGGAUCAACAGCCUGGCCUCGGCGGUCGGGUGUGAUUGCCUUCAGCCGACUUCAAGCCAAAGAUAGCAUGCUUCUGUUUGCACAAGCAUUUUCAUACUGCAGCAACCAAAACUGUCGGGUAAAAAAAAAUCAAUCUAGUGAAAUAAAUUUAAAUGAAUUGAAAUUAAUGCGUCUAAAAUCGGAUUGAUUUAACUUUAGACAAGUGCAGAAUCCCUUUAAGAGGACAUUUACCAUUCCGAUUUCAGAAGCAAUCCCUUAAAUGGCUAUCAGCAGGCUUAUUCUGUGAGUCAGUGGCCUUUAAAUCUCUAAUAUAGUCUAAUAUAAAACUUAUGGGAAAGUAUUUUCGGUAAAAUCACUACAUUCAGAAUUAAUAUUGUAUAUCAUGUCUGCCUGAACAUGGAUUAGAUCAGAGAUCUGUAUGUAUAUUUUUCUGAAUUAACUUGAUAUUUGCCUGACUAUUUUUAGUCUUUAAAGGGAUUCGGAGCAUUAAGAAGUAUGGAACACAAUGUGGUGUACAUAUUCAUGGCUCUCCGGCGAAUUGCAUGAACCAGAUCUUUAUAAUAUUGUUUGUUGGUAUUGACAUUCGCAAAUAAAUAUAUGUUUUUUAAAUUCAUGUUUAGGAAAUAAGUUCCCAUUGUUGCACGAGUCAUAUAGCAGCACAGAUCUUGGAUACAGGUAUUGCCUUUUGGGACGGCGUGCGAUCGGGCAUAAUUGGUGAGUAGCGGCUUAUUCCAAAACGCUGCCUUAUAAGUUAUGUCAAGAGGAGCGUGGAUGCAUCAGAAAGCGGAAGAAUGCGCUCCAUUGCCGGCAGACAUUCACAGCGCGUGUGCUCAUCGGAUGUGACAGGGUGCCACAGUGAUGUGUAAAACUCCAGCACAGACGCCAGGACACACUGCCGGGUACUGAUGCAUUUAAAACGGACUAAAAGCAAUGCGAUCGACGGAAGACCGAGUGAUGAAAAACUCACGGACUAUUAAACAUCAAAACUGUGCAAUGAAGGAAUUACAUACAAAACAAAAAGCUUCAGAAGAGUGUUUUUUUUUCCACGGUGUUGUUUUACGGAAGUGUAUAUUUAUCAGCCGAGCAAUCAAUUAAUCAACCAAUCAAUCCCUGACAAUAUAAUUGGCACAGCUGGGAGCAAGUGGUGGCCGCUCGUUUCUUUGUACUGCGUUCGUGCCACAACUGCGGGGUUCAUUUUCUGCCAUUUGCUUUGCACAGUUAAUGGUUGUGUGAUAAGUGGGUGAGACAGGAUGUGCUGUUUAGUGAAUGAGAGAGAGAGAGAGAGAGAGGGAGGAUGGGAACGAAAAAAAAAGACAGACACCCAUGAGUCUAUCUCGAGGGCAGAAAGCAGUUGCCAAUCUGGAGAGCACUUCCUUCCAUUCAACUCUACUCGUUUUGUAUAGAAAGCUCAGCAAAAGCCAUUUUGGGGGGAGAUUACCGUCAACUAUUUACAUACCAUUUGCUGAAGAUAGAUGAUUAAGUAAAAUAAAAGAUUGUUUUUUAAUUAAGUUAUAAAGUAGCACUUUUUUUCCACAACGAUGUUCAUGAACUGUUAACGAAGUGUUAGAUUUUUUAUUCUCCCCCGUCUUUCACUUCAAAGGUGCUUCGCUACUGCCAUCUUGUGGCCGUGAGUGAGACUCAUGUGUCGAGUAUGAAUCACACCCCCCCACUAGGUGAGCCCUCCCGUGGGUGCCUCUGUCUCUGAAGGCCAGGAUCGUGAGUUGCUCUGCUGUGGACCAGCAUCACGAAAUUGUGUAACCAUGGAGGGACAUUGCACUUUUAUUCACACACACACACACACACACGCACACACACACACACACACGAGAAGUGUACUCAUAUCUUUCUGGGGACAAUCCAUUCAUUUCUGUUUCUAUGGGCAAAACUGUAAUCCCAAUGAUGACAACCUUAACCCAGCCCUGACCAUAACCACAAGUAACUAAACAAAAUACAAGACUUAUGGGGAUUUUUGUUUUUUUAAUUGCAGUCACAGACUUUUAUAAAACAGAAUUUCCCCUCAUGGGAACCAGAAAAAUGGUCACCACAAUGUCAAAAUAACAGUUUUUUAUACCAAUCUGGGGACAUUUGGUCCACACAAUGUAAUGUAUAUCUACACACACACACUUGUUUGUCUAAGGUAAUUACAGUGUCUCAGUUGGUGUCCUCUACGAAAAAAAGAUUGGUGUUCCAAGACUUGGACUAACAGCAAUGUAUCAAAUCGCUCUGUUCUACUCCUCCACAAACACAAGGGAAGCAAUUCCUACAUAUCUGCAAUGUGAUUGUUUUUUGUCAGAACAAUUGUAAACAACAUUGACAAAAGCCUUGAUUAAAUAUUUGACUGAC